AUGGAUGAAAUUGAGAGCACUUUUACGAGCCUGCCCAGGGGGCUCGGAAUUGGGUGCUUUCGAAACGAGAAACAAAUCGGAGCUCGAAGACUGCAAUCAUCGCCCAUCAUCAUCAUCAUCAUCGAAAUCAAAACAUCAAUAAAUGCGUCUGGAGUGGAGGUAAAUCAAACCAAGGUCUACAGUUCCUCCGCAGAGUACUGCGGAUCGCGCGAAAAGAUGAACACGUCCACGGAAGAAGAACUAGAUGCGAAUAUGCGCAGAGUUAUUGAAGAAGCGGAUGCGGUGCUGGCUCGAAUCCGCUCAUGUGCUUCUUCGAAUGGAGAGCUCUUGAACCUUUCCAGCAGCUCUUCGACGAUCCCGGACGAACGUUCUUUAUCCAGCGGAGACGAAUCUUUCGCCAGAGUCGAACCGCCUUUCUCCACAGUCGACUUAGUCAUCUCCAUGCCCGACGAACCUCCAGCGAAUCUCCGAACCUCGAACGUAGAAGAAGUCAUCGUAUUGGAUGACACGGUCUUACAACCUAUCGAAAUUUCUUCGGGUGAAGACGACAUCCUCCAUCCUGGUACCACUAGGGCACCAAGACGUUCGCGAGUGAGGCCAAGGGUGAGCAGCGUUCCCCAAACGAUUCUUGUUCCCGAUUCACCGAAACGGUCUCCGGUGAAUCGUGAGGAACCCAAACCGGAGCUCUUCUGUCCCGUGUGUUUCAAUACUUUGACGAGCAAACCGGCGGUGUCGACCGUGUGCGGCCAUAUAUUCUGCAAGGAUUGCAUCACGAAUGUAAAAAAGCAUACCAAUAAGUGCCCGAUGUGCAACCACAAGCUCAACAAAGCGAACUCGGUACAUCCGAUUUAUUUUAACAACUAACA